UAAAGCUCCGUGUGAUUGGCCGACGGUGGCCAUGUUAGAGGUUAGGUGACCGGUUGGCUGUCUGAGGUAAAUUUUCCUCCUUACUCGGGCUAAACUUAGCCACCGGCCCUUCCACCCCGUUAACACCGGCCUAUUUCGACGCCAAAAUGCCGGUUCACUCCCGGGAGAAGAAAGAAAGUAACCACGAAGAAAUGGAGGUGGAUUUUGCCGAGCAAGACGGCAGCAGCACAGACGAGGAGGACACAGUUAGCUCGUCCGUGUCUGAAGAUGGAGACAGCUCGGAGAUGGAUGAUGAGGAUUGUGAGAGGAGGAGGAUGGAGUGUCUGGAUGAGAUGACCACCCUGGAGAAACAGUUCACUGACCUGAAAGAGCAAUUGUACAAGGAGCGUCUGAGCCAGGUGGACAUCAAGCUGCAGGAGGUAAUGGCGGGCUGUGCCCAGGAGUACCUGGAACCUUUAGCCAACUUGCAGGAGAACAUGCAGAUCAGAACCAAAGUUGCUGGGAUAUACAGGGAGCUGUGCUUGGAGUCGGUGAAGAACAAGUAUGAGUGUGAAAUCCAGGCAGCCUGCCAACACUGGGAGAGUGAGAAGUUGCUGCUAUUUGACACUGUGCAGAGUGAACUGGAGGAAAAGAUAAGAAGAUUGGAGGAAGACAGACACAGUAUUGACAUCACCUCAGAGUUGUGGAAUGAUGGCUUGCACUCCCGGAAAAACAAGAAGAAAGACCCAUUCUGCCCUGUCAAGAAGAAGAAGCCUGUUGUUGUUUCCGGGCCUUAUAUUGUUUACAUGCUGCAAGAUCUUGAUAUUCUUGAAGAUUGGACUGCUAUAAGAAAGGCGAUGGCAUCGCUGGGGCCACACAGGGUGAAGGUUGACGUUCCUGCUGUCAAGCCUGACAGACAUCACCAUGUGGCACGUUCAGAGGAUGGUCGACUUUUCUAUGACAACCAGUGGUACAGCAGGGGACAGGCCAUCUGCAUCAACAGGAAGGACGAGUAUCCGACCAGCGCCGUCAUCACCACCGUCAACAAUGAUGAGGUGUGGUUCAAACGACUGGAUGGCACCAAGUCAAAGCUGUACAUCUCCCAGCUGCAGAAAGGGAAAUAUACUAUCAAGCACUCGUAAAAACACAGACGCAUACAGGCGAAGGCCAUCAUCUCUGCUGUGUUUCUCUUUGUCUCCUUUCCGUGUGAUAUCUCUCUACUUUCUUGCCAUAUGUACAGACGCACACGCAGCACUUCACUCCUUCUGUGCAUAAUAACAAAGAAGAAUCUGUCU